GCGGGCGGUGUGCGCGGUGUCGUUUGACCGCGUGCAACCGCAGUAAACCUGGCAGCAUGGCGUGCUGCCGCUGCAGUUCCUGCCCCGGACAGUCGGCCAAACCGCUGGGACUCGGCGGACGCGAGACCUUCAGUAUGGCACUGCCGAGCGACCUGGCGCCGCGGUCCACAGUCACAGUCACGACGGACGACGGCCGCAGUUUCCCGAUGACGGCCCGACUGGAGACGCAGACGGAGAUCUCCUGGUACCGGCACGGCGGCCUCCUCAGGUACAUGGUGCGCCAGCUGCUCUGACGAGCCGCGCGCCGCUAGGUCGCGCUCUACACACGUCACAGGCAGGCCCGUGACAAAGUGUGACGCUCCGUGACACACUGUGACGCCCGUGACGCUGGUGAUGACGUGUAACGUUUGGUGACGCGCUGACGUCGUCCGCCGCCAUCAGCAGUUGGCGGCGGAUUAGUUCCAACAGCUGCAGAGGCGGGCACAUCCCGUCCGUCUUCCCUCCGCCAGCGGUUAGGGAGGGUUAUGACCACACCAAACUCUCAGAGACAGGGAACAGAGGGCGCUGGCUUGACAUGGAGUGAGAUCGGGGCGCGAUGCGGGGCGGGCCAGGACGUAUGAGGGAGUUGUCACUAUGCACACGGUCAUUGCCGAGUUGAGAGGUUGGGCGGGACCCGGAUGGCCAGUGACCAGUGGACGCGUAAGACGAGACACCGGCGGUUACGAUAGAGGUGACUCUGGUACGGGGAAAGAUUGGCGACAGUACGAGGGGAAAAUUAAUGGAAAGGAGAGGGAAAAAUUGGGUGGAGAGCCAGACAAGAUUGACGGUAGGGUGAGUGGGAGAUUGACGGCGGGAGGAGGAGAAGAUUGGCACCGGGAAGAGUCGUCAGUGGACACGCCAGUGCUUCAGCGGCUAGGGCUGCUGUCCCCUGCUGACGUGCAGGCAUACGAUACCAUCCAGGCAGAGCGAGUAUUACUGCGUGAACUGUGAACAUGUCCUGGACCUCUCAGCUGCGCUCAUAGCAGGCCGCGGAUUUCACCAGGGACCAGUACGGGCGCCAGCCGGUCCGACACAUCAGUAUCAGACUUGUGUGAGUGUAUGUGCUUGUGUGUGAACGUGUCGCUAGUGUGUUUUGCGAGGAUGUAAACGCGAUUUUGUGCCAUCGAUGAGAGAUAAUUAGUUUGGCGAGUGUCGUUGGGCCAAGGCGGAAGGUAUUUUGUCCGGUCUUGUGCGAAGUGAAGGAGCUGGCCUCGAGUUUUGUCCCUAUGUUGCGUCACCCAGUGUAUCCGUGUACUUAUGUGGUGAAGUCUUCUGCAGUUGUUAAGUUUUUGACCGAUGCCUUUGAUGCUGCCGCGUUUGAUUUGUAUCCUAUUGCUCGGUGCCUUUCAUUGUACCGGGCGCGCUCGAGGAGCGCUGUACCGGCUGCUGCCACUGGACAGGUGCUGUAUCCGAAAUGUGACCGUGGUGAGCUGCCUGUGGUGUCGGCGUUCUGUCGGAUUGGGAGCCGUCGGUUGCGGCCGGUCCUGAUUCGCGGGCGACGGGCCGUGCUCUGCGCCGGACCGAGUGUAUCAGUUGGCGUCUGAGCGCACGGCGCCGUAGCUGCCCCGCUCUCUACGUGUGCGCCUGUGUGUCUGGUAGAAUAUAUUGGUGACUGCUGCA